CAAAGAAUCAACUAUUACCAGCAACGCUUGUCAUUUGACUACUACCCAGCUGUCCCGACAGUGUGCCGGCUUUGCGGCAGCGGGAAUAGGGCUGUCCCUCAAGCAACCGUUCGAGGCCUGAUUCGGCGUGUGCUUCCGGCUCGUAUUUCGCCAUAUCAUCCAGACCUCAACUGCCGUCAAGAGAGUAUUAUUCGAAUUACUCAGAUUCAUAUCUUUUCGCACCCCCUAUCUCCCCUUUCCUCUUCGACAACGAGGUUUCCCCCGUUUCUCCUUUCCACCCAGACCUGGCAUUUUUCGAUGUCCGCCACAAAACCCAUUCCCAUCCGGACUGACCUGGCCAUCAGGCCAGCGCCGUCGACGGAGCACCACAACUACAACAGCGCUUCACCCAGGACGGCAGUAAAUCAGAGCAGGCACAAACAUACGCGAUCUUCCUACUCGGAAAGCUCGCCUCUGGUCUCGAGAAACAACUCGCUGAGUUUCCGGCCUUUGAAGCGCUCAAUGCCCUCGCCAGAUAAGACGAUUGCGGUUAUCAACGCGAGUGGCCGCCAAGCUGCGUCCCUAAUCCGGAUAGCCACCGCGGUUGGCUACAAAGUACGGGCGCAAUUGCGUAAUCUCGAGGGCGUGAUGGCAACCGAAGUGUCCACCAACCCUAAUGUCACCGUGUUUGUGGGCGAGCUCUACAUUCGCAAAAAGCCCGACGACCACAGGGACGUCACGGCUAAUGCUCACAUCCCGGGAAUUCUCGUAAACCAGGACCUUAUCACCCAACUUUUCAGGGGAACCCACCUGGCCUUUAUCAACACCACCUUCUACGGCAAUGAACUCCAAAUUGGCGAGGCCAUUGUAGAUGCUGCCAAAAAGGUCGGCGUUCAACAUUUUGUCUAUUCGUCCAUGCCCGAUCAUGCCGCCUACAAUCCUGACUGGCCCUCCCUACCCCUGUGGGCAGCCAAGCAUAAGGUGGAGGAUUACAUCCGCAAAAUUGGACUCCCUGCCACAUUUGUCUAUACGGGCAUUUACAAUAACAACUUCACGUCCCUCCCGUAUCCCUUAUUUUGCAUGGAGUUGCAGCCCGAUGGUUCGUUCGUUUGGCAGGCUCCGUUCCAUCCCAAGGCCAAACUUCCCUGGUUGGAUGCCGAACACGAUGUUGGACCGGCCAUUCUGCAAGUAUUCAAGGACGGGCCAUCCAAAUGGAAUGGCAAACGCGUCGCCCUGGCCUACGAGUACUUGUCGCCGUUGGAAGCGUGCAAGGCGUUUGAGACAGGCCUUGGCAGGCGUGUGCGGUAUAAGAGAGGACCUAUUGAGGUCAAGGUCAAGAUCCCUGAAGGCUACCGAGAACAUCUUCAGGCCCUCGAGAAAUUGUUCUCGUUGGAAAAUGACGAACCUAAGAAACAACCGCCCUAUUUUGGAGACCCGGAGCUUGAUCAGAGUUGUCCCGACAGUGCGCUGGCAUUAUGGGAGGGACCUAGAGGCCUCGAAGAAUACGCCAAUGAAAUAUUUCCGUUGGAAGAAGAAGCAAAUGGGCUGACUUGGAUGUUUGACAACGAGGAAGUGCAAACCAACGGAGUCGAAAACGUGGAUGGGAGACCGCCUGACGAAGAAGCCGAAAAUAGCGAUGACGAAUCUCUUGAUGAGGGUCUGGUGAUGAGGGGACUCAAGAGAGAUGAGGAAGAAUGGCUUGCAUAAUCCCAUGUUUCGCCGACGACAAUAAAUACUGCUCUUUCCACCUUUUCUCUGCCCGGCCUGGAUGGAUUCACCGUCUUGGCCGCACAAUUACAAAAGCACACGUUCAGGUGCUUAAGUGGUUCGCUCCACCAUCCCGGCUAAGGCUACUUCAUUCGACCUUUCGAGCAUCCAUUUUAUCUUGCAAGGUCUACGGGACAGCGUCACAUACACUUGGCGUUACACAUGUUGCAAAUAACCG